AUGGAGCCCUCGAGCUCGCGCGAGCCACCAUGGGCAGAGCAUGAAAAGGUAUAUUUACUUGCUGAAGUACUAAAAGCGGCCCCCAUACCAUCUCACGUUCUCUUUCAAUUUAUACGCGACGCCAACAUCCAACCACGAUGGAACGACAUGGCUUUACCUCCUGGCCGAUCGAUUACCGACGCCCUCAGCUACCUGCCCCAAUGA